AGGACUGAGGUCAGAGAGGAAUGAGGCUGUGGACGGCGAGAGAAUCAAGAACUCAAGGCCAGAUACAGCCUCUGCCGUUGACACCCUCUGCAGGUCAUUCGUUGCCCAGCACCUCAGCUGCACGUGAGUGGGCCUGCGAUGGCAGCCAGCCAGGAGGACUUUGCAAAGGCAAUGAAUCAAGUGAAACUCUUGAAGGAGGAUCCAGGAAAUGAGGUGAAGCUGAAACUCUACGCGCUGUAUAAGCAGGCCACCGAAGGACCUUGUAAUGCGCCCAAACCAGGCAUGCUGGACUUUAUCCUUAAGGCCAAAUGGGACGCGUGGAAUGCUCUCGGCAAUCUGCCCAAGGAAACUGCCAGGCAGAACUACGUGGACUUGGUGUCCAGCCUGAGUGCUUCAUCCUGCAGCCAGGUGACACCUGCCGCGGACAAGAAACAAGCGGAAAGUGACAGCCUGGUGGUGACCUCUGAAGACGGCAUCACAACGAUCAGGUUGAACCGGCCGGCCAAAAAAAAUGCACUCACCACCCAGAUGUACCGAGACAUCAUGCGUGCGCUGGAAGCGGCGAGCGAGGACAGCUCGCGCAUCACCGUUCUAACAGGAAGUGGGGACUAUUACUGUAGCGGCAAUGACCUGAGCAACUUCAAGGAUAUCCCCCCUGACAAAGUAGAGGAGAGAGCCCAGAGCAGCGCCGUCUUACUGAGGGACUUUGUGGACUGUUUCAUAGAUUUUCCUAAGCCUCUGAUUGCCGUGGUCAACGGUCCAGCCGUGGGCAUCUCCGUCACCCUCCUCGGGCUGUUCGAUGUCGUGUAUGCGUCCGACAGGGCAACAUUUCACACGCCCUUCAGCCACCUCGGCCAGAGUCCAGAAGGAUGCUCCUCUUACAUUUUUCCGAAGAUGAUGGGCCCGAGCAAGGCAGCAGAGAUGCUCAUCUUUGGGAAGAAGUUAACCGCACGAGAAGCACUUGCUCAAGGACUUGUUACUGCGGUUUUUCCUGAUGACACCUUUCAGAAAGAAGUUUGGGCCAGGCUGAAGGCAUAUGCAAAGCUCCCCCCAAAUGCCAUGAGAAUUGCAAAACGGCUCAUGAGGCAUCAGGAGAAGGAGAAGUUGCAUGCGGUUAAUGCGGAGGAAAGCAGAGUCCUGGCAGAGAGGUGGGUGUCCGAUGAGUGCAUCACGGCCAUCGUAGCCUUCUUGUCCAAGAAGGCGAAGCUAUGACGCCUGCCACAGCCCAGGACUUCCCAGCAGCUGGUUCUGAGUGCCAGUUGCCGAACCAAAGAGGCGUCAUCGUGCCUUUUUUUCAGCGCUAACUAGCAGGUGGGGUGAUUUUAUUUCAGCGGAGCCCUGCUGAAAAGGGAUGUGAAACGGGCUUUGAGAAGGGAGGCAGGUGGGGGGCAGGGGGCAGGCUCAUGUCCUUGGCCAUGAACCGCUGCUGCCAGGCGCACCGAAACAUCGUGCCUGGCACCCUGCUCUGAAAAGCCGUCACCGCGUGGCAGGCUGAGACCGUGUCUUCGAAAACCACGACAGCACUCUGCCGUCCACACAGAGUCACAGACUUGAUCGGCCCAAACACCGCCAGCUUCUGGGUGACCGAGUCCAGGUCCUCGGCGGGUCGCAUGUUCUUUUUCAGCCAUCUGGCGGGAGGAGCAAGCGGAAGGGGCAUUACCAGGGAAUACAUACGACUUUAAGUUUCACUGACACCCCCCCCGCCAUAAUCAAUAAAAAAGCACAAAGGGAGAAUCAGAUUGUUCGUUUGGAAAGCAAUGAUCUGAAUCAACAAGCAUUUCCUCAAUUA